AUGGCCGACGCAACUGCCCAAGCGGCCGCUGCAAAAGGUAUGGCCCUGGCCCCCCGGCGCCCUGGUCCAGUGACUCGCCGCCCGAGCUCGGAUCGAUCAAGGUUGGACCGUGAUGGGCUAAUCCUCGCAGCGCUCCCUCCUGGCCAGCCGGCGGCCGAGGCCAAGGCCGGUGCCUUUCCCCUGCCCGUCUGCGCGCCCGCACCGGCUGGGCAUCAACCUGGCAAGCCGGAACGUGAGCGAGAAAACCACGGCGGCAUCCCCGAGCGCGCCCUCCUCGGUCCCAAGCCGGUCGAGGUCCAAUCCCUUCCGCAGACGCCCCUCGACGGAUCGACGCCGGCCGGUGGGACGCCUCGGCCGGAGCUCAAGAUCGACGAGGAGCCGCCUCCGGCAGACUCGCACCAAGUCAUCCCCGGCCUCUUCGAGCCUGCGCCUCCGCCCGCGCCUCCGGGGCGCGACGAUGCGGGGUCGGUCAACGGUGAAGUCGUCGACACUCUCGGACCCGGCAAGCCGUCGACGCUGGCCGAUCCUGCCAUCGGCGACAAGCGCAAGCUAAACGACGCCAGCCUCGCCGACGACGGUGCGGAACCGUCGCCCAAGCCCGCCGUCGCGCCCGCGCCCGCGCCCGCCGAUCCGGACCCCGACACGCCUACGGACAAGAAAGCCAAGAUGGAUGACGGCGCCGUCGACGAUGCCAACGACUCCGCGCCUGCACCAAACGCCGUGCCGGGCAAUGGCGGUCGUCCGAAGAAGGACAAGACGGCGCCGCCGCCCGUUGGCAGGACGGCACGCAAGACGAGAAGCCAGGGACCGGCGGAGGCUUGA